AUGUCGCACGUGCCGCGAGAUGUUGUACGAUUUCUUCUGGCCAACGGCCUGCGCGUCGAUCACGUUGCGCCUGAUGAGACUUCGCCGCUUUGCGGCAUCAUUCGAGACGCGGACGAUGACCCGAGUCUUGUUGAGGAUCUCAUCAAGGCGGGAGCAAGCGUAUCCGGUACAGACGAGGACGGCUACACUCCAUUGCAUUUGGUAGCAAAUGCCUCAUUCGCAAAAGUUCUCAUCGCGAACGGCGCGGAUGUUUCUGCUCGGGCGCUUCAAGGAGAGACACCACUUCACACAGCAUGCGAGUAUGGCAACAUAUCAAUAGUAAAGUUGCUACUUGAUAACGGCGCGAAUGUUCAUGAUGUCACUUCGGGAAAGACUGAUCGUACCGAGAUUGGGUGGACACCGCUUCGCUUCGCAGUCGAAUUCUUCUCUCACUAUUCCAACAGUAAUGAAGAGCGCUUACAGCUAGUACAACUGCUUCAUAACCAUGGUGAAUAUCUGCACACCACUGCUGCAGAUGGCUCGACAGCGCUGCAUGGCGCCGCUCAAUUCGGCAACGAGAAGCUUGUCCGCUAUCUGAUCGACUCUGGCGCCGAUGCGUGCGCCAAAACAACGUCUGGCAUGAACACCUUACACUGCGCAAGUAAAUCCAUCGAACCAGGAGAUGAAGUCAGGAUUACAUCAAUCAUCGAUGUACUCCUUGAACACGGUGUUGAACUGAACGCACUGAAUCAGGAGGGGGAAACCCCAUUGCUCAUGUCCGUUUCAGAAAUUAACCGCCCAGUGGGAUUUAGUCCUGCAGUAUGCAAUCUGCUGUUAGAGGAAGGUGCGGAGAGAACCGCAAGGAAUACUGAGGGUAAGACCAUGGUAGACAUCGUGAACGACUCACAUAGCUGGAUCUUCGGAGAGGACGGACUCGUGCGGAAAAAACCUCCGCCAGUACACGUAGCGUCUAGUAGGGGCAAGGGCAGAGGCAGGGGUAGAGGAGGGUGGCGAUAUAGUGAAUGA